GUAGCUGUCUGCACAUCGACAAUGGCACAUAAACAUAUAUUGUGGAUCUUUACACUAACUGCCUCACUCAAUCUCUCAGUGAGUCAUGGUCCUCUUGAAGGAAUAAGAGACUAUGAGGUGGUCCGACCCAUCAGGUUACAUUCUCUGCAGAAAAGAGAAACACAAUCAUCCAGGCCCGAAACUAUGAAGUAUGCAAUGAGAGUGAGUGGGAAAGACAUUGAGAUGCAUCUGGAGAAGAAUAGCGAAUUACUCACCAAAGACUAUAGUGAGACUUACUACACUGAGGAUGGCACACCAGUCACCUCCACGCCUCAGGAUGUGGACCACUGCUACUACCACGGCACUAUUGUGAAUGACAGUGAGUCAACGGUUAGCAUGAGCACCUGCGAUGGACUCAGGGGAUAUUUCAGAACAGCUGCCCAAAGGUACCUGAUUGAGCCCCUGUCAGGGGGGGAUGAUGGCGAUCACGCAGUGAUGAAAUAUGAGGACCAGAGCUCCAAGCCUAUGGUGUGUGGAGUCACCAACACUAGCUGGAAUGCAGACUACCCUCCCAUAACUAGCAGGAGCCGCUCUCGAGCCUCAGGUCCAUCUCUACUUCAACAGCAAAAGUAUGUUGAGCUCAUCCUCGUUGCAGACAACCGUGAGUACAAGAACAUGAAGAGUAACUUCGUAGAGCUGCGUAAGAGGAUGUUUGAAGUGGUCAACUUUGUCAACAUGGUAUACAAGCCCCUCAACACCUUCAUUGCCUUGGUUGGUCUGGAGGUGUGGUCAGACAGCGAUAAGAUAUCAGUGACUGCCCCUGCUGGUGCCACCCUGGAUGCCUUUACCAAAUGGAGGAACAGCGACCUGGCCAACACCAAGCACCAUGACAACGCACACCUCAUCAGUGGCAUUGACUUUGAGGGAUCGACGGUGGGUCUGGCCUUCAUUGGGACUCUAUGUUCAGGUCAUUCAGCUGGGGUGGUGCAGGAUCAUAACCCCAGGGCCAUUGCCGUAGGGGCGACAUUAGCCCACGAGAUGGGCCACAACCUGGGCAUGAACCACGAUGACUCCAGUGCCUGUGCUUGUUCUGGGAAUAGCUGUAUAAUGGCUGGGGCCCUCAGCUGGGAUAUCCCAAAGUCAUUCAGUAGCUGCAGUAGUGUAAACUACGACCAGUUCCUGAAUAAUCGUAACCCUGAGUGCCUGCUGGACAAGCCAGACUACCGGAAUGUGGAAUCGACCCCAGUGUGUGGCAAUGGCUUCCAGGAGAAAGGAGAGCAGUGUGAUUGUGGCUCACUGGAGGAGUGUACAAACCCAUGCUGUAAUGCCACCAGCUGCACACUGACUAAGGGCUCAGAGUGUGCUGCAGGAGCGUGCUGUGAAGACUGUAAGAUCCUGUCCUCGUCCAGAGUGUGCAGAAUGAAGCAUGAUGACUGUGACUUGGCAGAGUACUGCACAGGGAAAUCAGCCGACUGUCCCGAGGACGUCUUCACCGUUAAUGGGAUUCCCUGUGAUGGAGGACGGGGCUACUGCAACAAUGGCCAGUGUCCACAGCACCACGACCAGUGUGUGAAAAUGUAUGGACCGUCUGCUGAAAACGCCAGAAUGUACUGCUAUGACCAGAACACCAGAGGACUGUACUACGCCUACUGUAGACGGCCUUCAAAGGACCAGUACAUCCCCUGCCAGAGACAAGAUGUGCAGUGUGGGAAACUCUUCUGCAAGAACGGCAACGACAACCCCAACUACGGUCGCAUGGUGAUGUUCUCUGACUGCAAAGCCUCAUUCUACGAGGAUUACAACAGUGAUCUUGGACAGGUGGACACUGGAACCAAGUGUAAUGAUGGGAAGGUGUGCAGCCAGAACGAAUGUGUGGAUCUUGAGACAGCCUACGGACCUAAAGUCACCAACUGCUCAGCACGAUGUAAAGGACAUGCUGUGUGUAAUCACAAAAUGGAGUGCCAGUGUGAGCCAGGAUGGUUACCUCCCGGCUGUGAUACAAAGGAUCAAAACUUCAGUGGUCUCUCCAGAGAAGGAGUGAUUGCCAUUGCAGUGACAGUCACUCUGCUGCUCCUGGCUGCUAUUGCUGGGGCAGUGGCUGUGUUCCUUAAGAAGAGACAACAGUCCCCCACUCUCCCUAGCUACAAUACUCAGCAGAACACCAGUGCAGUGUCCAACGACCGCAAUAACAAACUGAUAAUCCCCAGCCAAAACAACGCUAUGCCACAGCAGCCCAAGCGACCAAAGGGUGCUCCGCCCCCACCUGCUGCUAGCCAAUCAGGAGCCCCAGUCUAUGACUUCAGGGCAGCACGACAGGCAUUGCGGCCCCCACCACCACGGGUCUGAUGUCGCCAUCGAGAGGAAACAGGAGGAUCACAAACCUUACCAAGACCUCAAAUGCAGGGCUGCAACUGCCAGGCCAGCCAGAGCUGAGUGCAGCCAGCGCAUUGAGACCUCUCUUCUUUGGGUUUAUUUUACAGAUACCUAGACUAGAAACAGGUUUGCUCUUCCAUCACAUCUGAAGUAGCCUGCUCCCAGUCCCAGAUCUCUUAGUGCUCUUGCCAAAUCCAUUGCUCAUUGUUUGGCAUGAUAGCACAGACAGACUGUCACUCAGGCUACCUCUGAAGCCCCAUGACUGCGUUUGUGCCAAUGAUGUGCAGAUUGCAGGUUGGGCAAACUCGGUACAGUCACAAAUGAGCCAUGGACUGAGGAGUCCUCUUUAUGAGGAACAGAUGUCUUAAAUUGCACUUUUUAGUAUUUAAUAGCCAUAUAAUUUUAUACCUGAUUUGUCACUGCCAUUUGAGGGAGUGAGUGCACAGUAUGUGAUAUAAUAUGCAAUUGAUUUUAUACUACUAAAUAUGCUGAAUACUGUAAGCCAACAGUAAAUUAAUUUUAUCAAUAGUAAAUAUUACUGAGGGGGACAGACAUUGCAGACUAAAGUAAACAAAAAUAUUCAAUUACAUGUGCACUCAAGUUUUCCUCGACUUCAAAUUGAAGAAGUCCAGUGAGCAAGACCAUUAACUUAUGCAUCUUUGCACAGCGUAGAACACUCCAAAUGCUGCAUAACAAACUGAGACUAUUCUCAGUCACAGACUGGCUGUAAUGACAGUAUACCAUUACUUGAGGAACAUCAUUUUCUAUAACAAUUCUGUUUCCACUAUUUUCUUCUCUCUGAUUGUACAAAAGGUACCACCUGAUUAACAUUUCAAGCAUUAAAAAAUAUAUAUUUACAUUUGA